CAGGAUGGGGAGUAGUACCAAGAACAAGAACUACACCAAGAACAAUAGCCAGAAUAAGAACCCCCGCGUUCAUGUUCUGGACACCAAGCGCGGCAACAGCAUUGUGGCCAUGUAUUGGCGUCAUCCUUAUGCCAAGUUUACGCUCCUUUAUUCGCACGACAAUGCUGCUGAUUUAGGGCAGAUGUAUGACUUGUUUCUGCAGCUCAGGAAGCAUCUCCACGUCAAUUUGAUGGGCUAUGAUUACUCUGGAUAUGGAGCUUCUACGGGUAAGGCGACCGAAUACAACACAUAUUCAGACAUUGAGGCAGUGUACCAAUGUUUGGAAACAGAGUAUGGAUUGAAGCAGGAGGAUUUGAUUUUAUAUGGCCUGUCUGUUGAUACUUGGAGCGUGGGUUGUAGUGUAUGCAAAAUGUGA